CCUCCCACCCGCCCGCACUGGUGUAACCUGACACUCAACAGUUGGUUCCUCCCUCCUACUCCCAGCCAAUUCCCAAUUUCCCUGAACACCAAAAAAGGAAUCUUUGGAGAAAUCGAAACUACUGGGGAGGGGAGGGCCCAGAGCACGAUCCGGCAUCCACAUCCACACCGCAGGUGCUCCAUCUCCCACCAUGAGCCACAACUCCCAGCACUUCUUCCUGGGCGCCCCCCACGGCGUCCCCCCGACCUACGAGAUGCUCAAGGAGGAGCACGAGGUGGCUGUACUCGGGGCGCCCCAGAGCUCGGCUCCCGUGACGACCACUGUGAUCAACAUCCGUAGUGAGACAGCCGUGCCCGACCACAUCGUCUGGUCCCUGUUCAACACCAUCUUCAUGAACUGGUGCUGCCUGGGCUUCGUGGCCUUCGCCUACUCCGUGAAGUCUAGGGACCGGAAGAUGGUGGGUGACACGACUGGGGCCCAGACUUAUGCCUCCACCGCCAAGUGCCUGAACAUCUGGGCCCUGGUCUUGGGCCUCCUUCUGACCAUCACGUUCAUCAUUGUUUUGGCCACUGGAUCACUGAUGAUUUCCCAAACAAUUUCAGAGAUGAUAAAAUAUUAUGGAGGGUACUAGUAGCUGCCCGUGGCCUGAGGCUGUCACCUCUGUCACAGCGUUUUAUGUACAUGUCAGUCUGCCAUUGUAGUCAAUAAAGCACUUUUGCGUGA